AUGGAUUCCAGGCGUGACGGUGACUGUGCGUCUCUGAUUGGUCCGUGGCCAGGCAUCCGCCCCCCCAUCCUGAACGGGCCCAUGCACCCCCGGCCCCUGGUGGCCCUGCUGGACGGGCGCGACUGCACCGUGGAGAUGCCCAUCCUCAAGGACGUGGCCACCGUGGCCUUCUGCGACGCGCAGUCCACCCAGGAGAUCCACGAGAAGGUGCUGAACGAGGCGGUGGGCGCGCUCCUGUACCACACCAUCACGCUCUCGCGGGACGACCUGGACAAGUUCAAAGGCCUCCGCAUCAUUGUCCGGAUCGGCAGCGGCUUCGACAACGUGGACAUCAAGGCCGCGGCAGAGCUGGGUAUCGCGGUGUGUAACGUCCCGGCCUCGUCGGUAGAGGAGACCGCGGACACGGCUCUGUGUCUGGUGCUGAACCUGUACCGGCGGGUCACCUGGAUGCACCAGGCCCUGCGCGAGGGCACCCGCGCCUCCAGCGUGGAGCAGAUCCGCGAGGUCGCCGGGGGGGCCGCCCGAAUCCGCGGGGAGACGCUGGGGCUCAUCGGCCUCGGAAGAGUGGGUCAGGCGGUUGCCCUGCGGGCGAAAGCGUUCGGGUUCAGCGUGAUCUUCUACGACCCAUACCUGCCCGACGGAGUGGAGAGGUCCCUGGGCCUGCAAAGGAUGGCCACCCUGCAGGACCUGCUGAUCCACUCCGACUGCGUGUCCCUGCACUGCAGUCUGAACGAACACAACCACCAUCUCAUCAACGACUUCACCAUCAAACAGAUGCGUCAGGGUGCGUUCCUGGUGAACACCUCCAGGGGGGGGCUGGUGGAUGAGAAGGCCCUGGCCCAGGCCCUGAAGGAGGGUCGGAUAAGGGGAGCCGCCCUGGACGUGCACGAGACGGAGCCCUUCAGCUUCUCGCAGGGGCCGCUGAAGGAUGCCCCAAAUCUGAUCUGCACCCCCCACACGUCCUGGUACAGCGAGCAGGCCAGCAUCGAGGCCCGGGAGGAGGCCGCCCGGGAGGUGCGCCGAGCCAUCACAGGCCGGAUCCCGGACAGUCUGAAGAACUGCGUGAAUAAGGAGUAUCUGAUGAGCGCCUCUCAGUGGCCCAGUGUGGAACCCUCCGCCCUGCACACAGAGCUCAACGGGGGGGCCUACAGGUUCCCGGCGGGGCUGAUCGGGGUGACAGCGGGAGCCUUGGCGGGGGCCGGGGCCGGUGUGGAGGGCAUCGUUUCGGCCUCCCUGCCCCUGGCCCACGGGAUCGCCCCCGUGUCCCACCCCCCCCACACCCCCUCCCCCGGCCAGCCCUCCAAGGCCGAGGCAGACAGAGACAUCCCCGCCGACCAAUAGCGGCCCAGCACAUUCCGUCACCCCCGGAAACGCCCUCCACCUUUCAGAAGAGCAGAUACUGGCACUGGCGCCCCCCCACCCCCCUCAAACUGGUCCGACCUCCACCCCCCCCCCCCCACCAAGCAACCCCCCCAGAACACAGAGCAACCUGAGAGUGACACAUCUGUGAUAUCUCUCUCCAUCUCUCCCCUUCCUUUCUCUCUGUGUCCUUCUCUUUCUCUCCCCUUCCUCUCUCUCUCUCUCUCUGUGUCCCCCUCUCUUUCUCUCCCCCUCCCUCGGCAGUGAGCAAUAACUCUUCAGGAUUCGGCUGUACAUUUUUUAACCUCUUGCCGUUUUUGCUGAAUUUUGCUGAAUUAUCCCCCGGUCCAGACAAUGUUUUUGACGCUCAUAUUUCAGGAGAAUCUCCAGGCUCGGAGCUUUUAACAGUGCAGUGGGACAGACCCAAAAUGGUGGCCUACAUCCGUCAGGCUGUGGUAGACCUGUCUUCUAUUUCAAAAACGAACACGGAGGAUAUUACACAAACAUUUUUUAAUCUCUUUGAUUUUUCUUUUCUUACCGAUUAGCAGCGCAGGCAGUCAGUGAGCCAUCCCCCCCCCCCCCCCCUCCCCUUUCUGGCAGCCAAUCAGGAUUGGCUUCAGCUCUGUAGUGUGACUGCUCCUCCUGCUCUGCCUUACUCCUCCCUCCAUCACAACGACCAGGAGACGUCAUGUGUUUACUACACACGCACGCACACACACACACACACGAGUACACAUGCAAACACACAUUCUCACAUGUCUGUGUGUGAUGUGCUGGUAGUGGUGUUUUUGGUUUGUUCCAUGUUUUGCCCGUCUGGCCUGGUGUGGUUCAUAUGUGGGCUCUGUGGCUGUGGAGGGUUUUGCUUUUUAUUCAAGAAGCAGCCCGACUGAAACACGCCCUCACACACAUACUCGUGCUCACACACAUACUCACACACGCAUACUCACACACGCAUACUCACACACGCAUACUCACACGCAUACUCACACACGCAUACUCACACACGCAUACUCACACACGCAUACUCACACACACACACACACGCAUACUCGUGCUCACAAACAUACUCACGCACGCUCACACAUACAUACUCACGCGCACAGGCAUAUUCACACUCGCGCGCACACACACACACACACACACACACACACACACACACACACACACGACUCUUAACUGUGAACGCUGUUCUGUCUCCAGGGCACUCUGCAGUACCUCAGUAACAGAUAUUGAAUGUACUCUUAGAUCGUUUAGUCUUUGUACAGUUUUUUAGAGUUCUUUACUAAACCAGAAAAAAAAUCCAAAACAGAACAGAGUGCAGGCUUAAAAAAAAAUACAGAAAGUAUGGGGCGGUUUCACCCGUCUCUCUCUCUCUCUCUCUCUCUCUCUCUCUCUAUCUCUCUCUCUCAAAGAGGUCUCAGGCUUUUGAAACACAUCCCGUUUCUUUUCCUUCUGCCUCGGGCAGCUUUUCACGUUUGCCGUUUUUUAUCAUUUCAUUCACAUCUGUAAAAAAAAAAAAAAAAAAAAAUACCCACAAUGCCUUGCCCUUUGCGCCUCGUGUGUUGUGAUUCUUUUCUCUUGUGGACUGUGUGUGUUUAACGGAACAUUUCUUCCCUGGGGAGGGACAGAAGGGGUUUAGCUUAAGGGCAUGUAAAGGUGGGGGGGGGGGGG